AUGUCGGAUAUCUACGAAGCCAUUGAGUAUGCACGAAAGCAGCUUGGGUUUGCAGACUUGAAAGAUAAGCAAUUGUUGGCCAUCAAACACUUCGUCGAGAGAUCUGAUACAUUUGCAAUACUGCCUACCGGUUAUGGCAAGUCCGUUAUUUACAGCUUGCUUCCUGUUGUCUUUGACAGAAUGAGAGGUCAUUGUGGCAGUAUUGUUGUGUGUGUCAGCCCUCUAACGUCACUCAUGAUUGAUCAGAAAUCCAAACUGCUUCCUAGAGGAUUGAAGUGUGAAUUUGUAGGAGAAUUUCAGACUGAUGACAACGCUGUGGGGGAAGUCUUGACAGGCAAAGUGCAAUUAGUUUUUAUAAGCCCAGAAAACCUUUUGGGCAAUCCUACUUUUCGAACAAUGUUUUUAAAGAAGAUCUACAAAGAUAACCUUGUUGCUCUUGUCAUUGAUGAGGCCCAUUGUGUAAAGACAUGGGGAGACAAGUUUCGUGUGGCAUUCGCUAUGAUAGGAACUCUUCGAAAUUUACUUCCAAAAAAGACUCAGAUCAUGGCUUUGUCAGCUACAGCAACAAAACCCACAUAUGAUCAUGUUGUGAGUAGACUGUCUAUGGAAAAUGUGAGUGUUGUAGGGCUUUCGCCCAUGAGAGACAACAUAAGAUAUGCUGUUCAAGCAGUGACAUCACUGGAUGACUUCAGUUCUAAACUUGCCACAGGUCUGAGGUGGAUUGCUCAUUGGAGUCCACCAUGGCUCAUUGAAGAUUAUGUCCAAGAGACUGGGAGAGCUGGAAGGGACGGCUUGACAGCAACUGCACUGCUUGUAUAUGGACAUCUGCACAGGACAGUUUCAUCCUCGAUGAGGAAGUAUGGACAAAAUUUUACAACCGUCGUAGGAAGUGCUUAUUUGCUGAUUUCCUAUUUGCGGGUAGUGAAGACAGUGCAGGAAAAGGAUGUGGUUGUUGUGAUGUUUGUGCACUUAGUUGUGACUGUGGUAACUGCUGUACCUUUGACCUUCCAGUAA